AAUCAAUUUGUGUGCAAGCUUGGACAGUCCAGCCUAGACCCCUUCUGUAUGCUUGUGGUGGACCUUAUGUACGAGUGCGAACUGGGCACUUGGAAAGCGCUAUUCACCCAUCUAAUCAGGCUUCUGUAUGCCCUUCCACAGGGUAGCCAGCUGGUUGCCCUCCUUGAUAGCAGGUAG